AUGGCUUUAUUAGUAAAUAAAAUUUCAAAUUUAACGAUUAUAGAUGUUGAUAUCAAUAAAUCGUACAAUGAUGAACUUAAAGAAACAGUUAGAAAAGACAUUUUAUCAAAACUUUCGGAUAAAGAUGUUAUCGUUAAAACCGCUUCAGGAGGUCUUCACAUUUAUUGCAACACUAAUUUCUUCUAUGCAGUUUCGAACAGAAUGAUUAAAUGCUAUUCUUGCAAUGAUUAUGAUAUUGACAUAAUGACUUCAAUGGAUGAUUCAAAACGUUCAUUAGUGGUUAUGGCUGAUUCAAGAGUUCGCAAGAAUGCAACAGAACCAAUCAAAACAUACUCAUUCAUUCGUGGAAGUUAUGAUUCAACAUUAACCAGAACAGUGAAUGAUAUAUUAAAUGAUUUGAAUAUUAAGGUAAGAGUUGAACAGAAGAACGAAGAAAUAAAGAGUAUAAUGAAUGAAAACAAAGAUGUAAACAUUGACGAUAAACUUGCCCAGAGCAUAGUUGAUGGCAUCUGUGAUUUUGAAGUACAUAAUGACGGUGGAAACAUGAAUUUAGAAAAAGAAAUAACAUUAUUCACACUGUUUCAAGCUAUUAAUUCGUUACCUAAUCAUUUGAUUAAUGAAGCAUACGAUAACGUUUAUAACUUCUGCAGUUUAACAGAAAAUGCUAAAAGUAAUUUUGAAAAAGCACGUAGUAGAUAUGCACAUUUAAUGACUUCUCCAUUUGUUUUAGUGAAGAUUCUAAAACUAUAUCAAAAGGAAUAUUAUGAUGAAUAUGUUUUACCUUUAUUACGUAAGCCAAAAAUAACAUUUGAUAUCAAACUUGAUGACUCGUUUUUGAUAACAGAUAUUAGACGCAAGGCUGAAAAUCAUCAGUAUAAAAACAGUUCUGAAGUAAUUGAGGAUUUAUCACGUGUAAUCCGUUUUGUAGAUUGUGGAAACAAAUAUUUCAUUCAGAAAGAUUACAACAUACACGAUAAAAUGAAUCAAAUAUCAUUU